AUGCCCACUGACCUGUGCCACAGGGAGAGCGUGGAGAGAAGGGUGAUGAAGGCACCCCGGGUGAAGCAGGUCUCCCUGGCAAACCUGGAGACAGAGGCCCCCGGGGCAGCCCCGGAGCAGCAGGGAGCAAGGGUGACCGUGGGGAGCCGGGGCCUCCUGGACUACCAGGACGAACCGUUGACGUGGGGCUUGGAGGAGCUGGGGAGAAGGGGGGACCCUGGGGACCCUGGCGAGGAUGGCACGAAGGGUGCCCGGGGCGACGCUGGCUCCCCCGGUGUGCCCGGAGAGAGGGGCGCGGAGGGUCCCCGUGGUCCACCCGGUGCACGGGGUGAUCCCGGGGACCGAGGCCUGCCCGGAGAGAAGGGACACCGUGGCCCACCGGGGCUGGAUGGCCGCAACGGGCUGGAGGGCAAGCCUGGGCCCUCGGGCCCCAGCGGGCUGCGGGGUGACCCGGGGAAGCCGGGGGAUCCUGGCCGGGAUGGGCUGCCAGGGCUGCGUGGGGAGCAGGGACCGCCUGGCCCCGUGGGCCCCGUGGGACCUCCCGGCGUCCCUGGCAAACCUGGUGACGACGGCAAGCCUGGCCUCAGCGGCAAGAACGGAGACAAGGGUGAUGCAGGACCCCCCGGCAGAGAGGUGGGUACUUCACCACAGACUAGCAUGGUGCUGGGGGGUGCUGGGGGGACCCAGGGGACCCUGGACUGCAAGGGGAACCGGGGCGACCUGGCAGCCCUGGAGCUCGUGGAGACCCUGGGACUGCAGUG